CACCAUACGUCCAUACAUACAGAAGUCCUUUUCUCCUGUUCCAAGUGAUUGUGUUUUGUUCAUAGACUCAUAGUCAUACUUGACUUAGCUGCGCCCAUGGGAAUUCCAUCAGAGAUGAGAGACGCUUGGGCUGCCAAAAGAAAAAACCCUUUCUUUAUUGCUUCCCCUUCUGAAGACCAGAGGCUUAUCAAUUCAAGAAAUUGCACCCAAGAGGGUGUUCGUGCUGGAGCUAAGGCAGCUUCUAUUGCUUGUGUUGUCAGUGCUGUGCCCACAUUGACUGCUUGUCGCAUGAUACCAUGGGCCAAGGCAAACCUCAACUAUACUGCUCAGGCUCUCAUCAUAUCUGCUGCAUCUAUCGCAGCAUACUUCAUUACCGCUGACAAAACAAUUUUGGAAUGCGCAAGAAGAAAUGCCCAGUAUGGGAAGUCAGCUUAGGUUGGAGAAAUCCGUUUCCUGUGUUUUUUAAUCUUCUGUGUAAAAGUUUGGAAGUUUUUUCCUAAUGUUAAUUGCAGACGUAGCAAAGAAAAGUUGCUCUCUUCUGUAUUGCUAUGUUUUCUUUUGAGGAUGGGUGAAAUCUAGCACAAGGCAUAAGAUUCCGAUC